AUGUCUCCGGCUUAUCGUGGCUUCAUCGGCCACUUCUUCCUCGCUCUCUGCUUGUUCCUCCUGCUACUCCCCGGAUAUGCCUAUGAGAAACUCUCCGAUGAGUCUUUGAACUCCCUUCCUCGCGCCAGUGAAGAUUACGACAUCCAUAAAGGCCCCCUCCUCUCCCCGAUCCUCCGCACUCGCGUUCCAGGCACAGAAGGCCACGAAGCUGUCCUCGAACACUUCGCCAACUUCUUUCGAACAACAUUACCGAAAUGGAACAUUGAACUACAGAACUCGACUUCCACAACCCCGAUAUCUGAGGGCAAGGAAGUCCCCUUUGUCAAUUUCAUUGCCUCGCGCGAUCCGCCAGGCACCCCGAUUGGAGAUGUCGGACGGUUGACAUUGGUCGCGCAUUACGAUAGCAAACUCACGCCCACGGGAUUUAUCGGUGCCAUUGAUAGCGCGGCCCCAUGUGCAAUUCUCAUGCAUGCCAUGCGCACCAUUGAUGUGGCCCUGGAUGCCAAAUGGGCCGCGAUGCGUGCCGAGGGACUGGACCCGUCUCUUGAGGACGAACAUGGCAUCCAGGUCCUCUUCCUGGAUGGUGAAGAAGCUUUCGACCACUGGACGGAUACAGACUCUCUAUACGGUGCGCGUGCUCUGGCCUCGAACUGGAGUUCGGAAUUCUACCCGGCGAUGUCAACCUACAAAACACCUCUUUCAUCCAUCGAACUUUUCGUUCUCCUUGACCUCCUUGGCUCCAAAGCCCCUAAUAUCCAAUCGUAUUACCAGACCACCCACUGGGCAUAUCAAAGCCUUGCCCAGGCCGAGGCGCGUUUACGUUCUCUGGGCCGGAUGAAGACCACUUCAGAUCAGCAUUGGUUCCCUGAUGCAAAGAAGAACUCGCAUGAUGUUAUCCCCCUUGGCGGAAUCUCGGAUGACCAUCUUCCAUUUUUGGCGCGCGGCGUGGAAGUUCUGCAUAUCAUUGACUUCGCUCCCUUCAAGGGCUUUCCGCCUGUUUGGCAUACUCUUGACGAUGACGCGGAGCAUCUUGAUAUGGCCACGGUGGAAGACUGGGGUCUAAUCAUCACUGCUUUUGCGGCCGAGUGGAUGGAGUUGGAAGGGUACUUGGAAUUUGGGCAGCAGACGGAAUCGCAAUCGAAAUCGCGCCGAGACGAAGAUCUUGAGCUUGAGGCAGAGGCUAUCCGUCUCAACAAGAAGACCGAGUUGUAA